AUGACCCCGCUGUCCCCGCCGGAUGCUUUUGCUCCUCCUGCCGCCAGGGGGUGGCAGAGGCUGCGCUGCGCCACCUUUUCUUGCGGAGGCCUCCACGCCGCUAGAGGCGACAGAUUCCCUGGGCGCCGCUCUAGCCCGCGGACCCACCUCUAUGUCUCCACAAGCGCCGGAAGCGUUGUCUGUUGCCAUAGAGACGCUGACGCUAUGGCGGCCGGUGCGCCGCUGCUGCCCGGCGAGGCCGAGGCGCUGGUGCGGGCGCUGCGGGGCACGGAGCUGCGGGACACCGGCGGGCAGAGAUGGCUUCAGCAGCACGAGUGCGUGGAGAAGCUCAACAUGCAUGCCAUCCUGAGCGCAUCCACAGGCGAGGAGCAGCUCCUCACCGAGCUGCUGGUCACCUACACCAAGAUUCCUGUUCUCGUUGGGGAGCUGAUCUCUGUGGAGAUCUGGAAGCACAAGAUCUUUCCCGUGCUGUGCCGGCUGGAGGACUUCAAGCCGAGAAGCACUUUCCCCAUUUACGUGGUGCUGCAUCACGAAGCCUCCAUCAUCAACCUCUUGGAGACAGUGUUUUUUUACAAGGAGGUUUGCGAGUCAGCGGAGGACAGCAUUCUGGAUUUAAUUGAUUAUUGCCACCGAAAACUGACCCUGCUUGCAGCUCGGAGCACCAAUGGACAGACAGCGACCCCGGUGAAGUUUCGUCCUGAGGAUCUGGCCACCCCCUCGUCCAUGCAGGAGCUGCAGAAGCAGGCAGAGUCAAUGGAGUUUGAGAUUUCCCUGAAAGCCCUGUCUGUGCUGCGGUUCAUCACUGAUCAGGUGGAGAGUCUGCCCCUGAGCGCGCUGACACGGAUGCUGUCCACCCACAACCUGCCCUGCCUCCUUGUCCAGCUGGUGGUGCAUUGCCCCUGGAGCUGCUGGGAAGCAGGUGAGCUCAAGAAGUUUGAGAAUGGUGUGUGGCACGUGGUGCCCCCUGAAGACCAGGUGAAGAUGACCAAACUCGAUGGGCAGGUGUGGAUCGCCCUCCUCAAUCUCCUGCUCAGCCCAGAAUGCCAGCGCAAAUACCACUUUGAUGGCUUCAACAAGAGCCAGCUCCUCAAGCUCCGUGCAUUCCUGACAGAUGUCCUCAUUGACCAGCUCCCCAACCUGGUGGAGAUGCAGAGAUUUUUGAGCCACCUUGCAGUGACAGAGCCAGCUCCCCCAAAAAAGGAUCUCGUCCUAGAGCAGGUUCCUGUCAUCUGGGACCACAUCUUCAAGAAGAAUGCUGGGAAGUGGGAGGCUAUUGCCAAGCACCAGGUGAAGCACAUCUUCAGCCCCACUGAGGAGGAUCUGAAGCUCCAGGCGCGCAGAUGGGCACAGACCUACAGCCUGGAGAUGAUGGAAGCUCUGAUUCCUGACAAGCCCCACUGCAGGGUGUGUGGCGUGGAAGCGACCAAGCGGUGCUCUCGCUGCCGGAACGAGUGGUACUGCACGCGGGCAUGCCAGGUCCAGCACUGGCAGAAGCACAAGGCUGCCUGCAACCUGAUGGCUGAGGCACCAGGGAGCGUGGCUGACCUGUAAGAGAAGCCGACUGGCACCUGACUCGUGGCUCUUCGAGGGGAAGGUUCCCCUGCGUGCUGCCCAGCGACCAAAGUCGAGAAACCAGCAGAGGCUCCUUCUGCCCGCUCCCACCCCUGGGCACUGCUGGCCAGGCUCGGCCUGUCCUCUCCCACCUCCUUGCCACGCAGCCAUCUCCAAUAAACCUC